AGCGCUAGAGGCGCUCUCCUUAAAAAGGGUAGACCACUGACAAAGCCCUAGAAGCGUCUCGCAGCAGAAGAGACCCGAGUAACCCGCAGCCUCCACCUCCACCUCCAGAUAUGGUGCUCUGUACCACGACACGAGCUAUCUCAGUUAUUCCGAAGUAUUCCAGCAGGCUCUCUUCUCCAACCCCUACCCGCCUUCUCCGCUCCAAAACCUCUCUCCCUCUGAGACCAACCCUACUCACUCGCUCUGCCAGGGGCCUUCACUCCCGGUUGGUUUUUAUUAGUCUAUCGCCCAGAGCAACAUCCUCAUCUGAAGAAACAUCAAGUGGAGCAAAUCCGUACGCUGGUAAAGAUGUCGAUGGUAUGAUAACCCUUGAAGAUGUUCCACCAGCUGAGAAGAAGACAUUUAAUGAAGCUGUAGCAGGAGAAAUUCCUAAAGAAGAGUCUCUUGCGGAUGAGCAAACAGAGUCAUUUGAUAUUUUGGAUAAGCUUAAUAUAAAGUUUGACUCGGAUGAUACGAAUAUUAUUCUUUUAUAUGGUGGUGGUGCCUUGGUUGCCCUGUGGUUUGCAUCGGCCAUUGUUGGUGCUAUUGAUUCUAUUCCACUGUUCCCCAAGUUGAUGGAAGUAGUGGGUCUUGGCUACACACUCUGGUUCAGUUAUCGCUAUCUGAUCUUUAAGAAAAACAGGGAAGAGUUGGCUGCUAAAAUUGAGGAGUUUAAUCGAGAGGUUCUUGGUUUAAAUGAUGAGUGAUACAGGAGUCAUUUGAUUGUUUGCUUUGCGAAGUAGUCAUUGGAGAGUUAUUACGAAUCUAGAUAAGUCACACAUGUCUCCUUGUUAGUUUUCUAAUAUGCCUGUAAAUAAAUAAUUUUUGUUUCUACACAGGUAGUUUUUUUCCUCCUAUUUGGUUUACAAUGAAGGGAUGAAUGUUUAGUUUAUUAUAUGAUAAUUGAGUGGUACGAAUUAUUGUUUUGCCAA